UGUUUUGUUGUUAUUGGUGAGCGAUUGUUUUUACCUUGUGUUUGCGGAAAGUUUCCCCCCAACCGAAUGACAGCAAGAUGAUUUGACACUUCGGCAAUCGCAGUGAACUGUUGUUGUUUUCGGUGGUGCAUUGUUUUGCUACUCAUCAUAGCGAUACGCGACGGAAAACAUAAACGUCCGAGAGCUGUACGUGCGAUAAGCUGUAAAUCUGCCGUACAAGUGAACAAACGUGAUGAGCGAGCUAACAGCCGAGGAGAUUCGGAGGCGGCGGCUCGCGCGCCUCGACAGGCGCACGACCAGCGAGAACCAGGACAUGCACGAAAAUCGAGGAAUCUCGCCGACUGAAGCAAGUGCCACAACCAUUGUGUGCAACAAUGUGCAUUUGAUUGAGCAGCAGGACAUCACAGAGAAGAUGGAGGUGGACGUUGCAUUUACCCCUUUUGUGGCUGCUGAAGUGCCUCCCAGCUCAGACGUCAUCAAACCAGAGAAAGAAGAGGCACAGAUCAAGCAAAUAGAAACAACAAUGCAUCAUGAAGAUGAGCAUGUGGAGGAUGAGCGGGCCUUUGUAAUUAGAACCCUGAGUGAAAUCUUUCAAUGCCAGUUCACAACCCGACCGAAUAUGACCGCCGCCGGCGAAUCAGCGGAGACUGGUGAAUCGCCAUCGAAUGUCCUGGUGGAAACCUGCACCUAUUUGUCUGAAAUGCCGGAUUACACUGACAUAAUCAGUAACGUCCUGAUGGAGCUGCUGCAUAUGCCGAUGUGGAACGUGCAGUAUGCGAGCGAGUGCUUCGAACGCGCGGACAUCGCAGUGAAAGUCUGCAAACCGCAGCACACCGACUUUUUACAAUCGCUGCGCAACCAGAUGUUGGAUUACAGCAUAUAUUGGCUGAAAAGGAAGCCGACGCCGCCGGCGGACAAGCGCGCGCUUUCCUUCCCAGUUCCUCUGGACAAAAUGUCCGUCCUUACAUUGCCAAUUUUGCACGACGAGAUUCGAUACUGCUAUUUUGUCGCGCUUGUGUGGCGAGCCAACACGCGCUGGCCGGUGUUCGUCGACAUUUUCACGCCGCUUUUGCACAAUUUGCAGGUGACAAUGAUGCACACCGGCUUGGUAAAUUGUAAUCCGCAGCCGGGACGUGUGCUGGGUAUUCUAUUAAGUAUCCGUCGACCAAUUGCGACACUCGUCCCACAAUUGGCGCAGUUUCUGCCGAAGGCAGUAACCACUUCGUACGGGCGCGAGCUUAGUCGCUGCUCUUUUCUUGGACCCUUCCUGAGCGCUUCGUGUUUUGCCGAAGACGAUCCCCGAGUGGUCGACCAGUUCUUCCCUUUAAUGGUAAAUGGUGUUAAUGUGAUACUGCAGGACGCGCUGGAUACGAUACGCGUGGGGCUGGACAUGCAUCGCGUAUUCAUGCACGAGAUCUGCCACAAUCUGUUUGCGAACACGUCCAGCCGCGAGAGUACCAUCGAGUAUUUCGCGACGUUGUUGCGCGCGAAUGAGAAACGCUGUCAGCUGCUGGUGGAGGAACGCACCCUCGCCAGCGAUGGUUUUAUGCUGAAUGUACUCAGUGUGUUACAGAGGCUCUCGCUGCCGGUGACGCUUGAUCGCGUCGAUCCGAUGCAUAUCUUUCGACCGUGCAGCGUGGUGGAUAUUAAAGGCGAGACGCGGUUGCGUUUCUCGCAACAGGAGGUAGACGAGUGGUUUGCGAGCGUAGAUGAUACGGGUUUCGCCGACAAGCCCAAUUUUCCAACUCAAUGUUGGUUCCUUACUUUGCACUGCCAUCAUCUGGCGCUUCUGCCAGCCAUUCAGAAGUACCAGCGACGCUUGCGGGUAUUGCGGGAGCUGGAGAAGUUGAUCGAGGAUAUGAUGGACACAGAGGCGCAUUGGAGGCACACGCCGUUUAAGCUGCGCAAUCGACAGAUGGUCACGCGUUGGAAUAAUCAGCAAAAACGUCUGAUUCGCUCCAAAGCAUGUGCGGAUGCUUGUCUGCUUGACAGAGUUCUGCUUCGACGCUGCAUGACUUUCUACACGUCCGUAGCGGAGUUCCUACUCGCUGUUUUAUUGAAUACGCGAUGGCCGAUUCCUGCGUCUGCAUUGCUUGAUUUAGAUUUUGGUUUAGCCAUGGGAUCUGACUGGAAUAUCCAGCCGAUGUUUGCUGCCCUCCCCGAGUGGUAUGUCGAGGACAUCGCCGAAUUUUUACACUUUGCCUUACAGUUUGGCGCAGCGCUGGUGAGUGAAAGCAUGGAGGAUUCGAUGAUAACUUUCUUACUGGUGAUGAUCUGUGCGUCGCACAGCAUCAAGAACCCCUACCUUGUGGCAAAGAUUGUCGAGGUAGUGUUCAUGAUCAACCCACAGGUGCAAAACCGCACCGAAUACAUGUAUAGUCGCAUCAUGGCGCAUCCGAUCUCGCACACCGCCCUUCCCUCCGCACUGAUGAAGUUUUACACUGACGUGGAGACGACCGGGUCUAGUUCCGAAUUUUACGAUAAGUUUACUAUACGGUAUCACAUCAGCUUGAUCAUAAAAGGAAUGUGGGCAUCAACGAACCAUCGCCAUGCGUUGAUCAAUGAAUCUCGCAGCGGCAAGCAAUUCGUCAAGUUUGUGAACAUGCUGAUGAACGACACCACCUUCCUGUUGGACGAGUCCCUAGAAUCGCUAAAGCGUAUACACGAGGUGCAGGAGCUCGUGAAAGAUACAACCAACUGGAACAUGCUGACACCCGAACAACAGCAGAACCGUCUGCGGCAGCUAAAUCACGACGAGCGCCAAUGCAAGUCUUACCUCACUCUGGCUCGCGAGACCGUUGACAUGUUCCACUACCUCACCGUUGACAUCAAGGGUCCAUUCCUGCGGCCGGAGCUCGCCGAUCGGCUCGCGUCGAUGCUCAAUUUUAAUCUGCGCCAGCUUUGCGGGCCCAAAUGUAAGAACCUCAAGGUGCGCAACCCGAGCAAGUAUGGCUGGGAACCGCGCUGGUUGCUUAGCCACAUUGUCGAUAUCUACCUUCAACUAAAUUGUCCUGAAUUUGCCAAGGCUUUGGCUGGUGACGAGCGUUCAUUCCGAAAAGAACUCUUUGAUGAUGCAUUAUCGGUGAUGCAGCGGUCUGGAAUUAAAACUCCGUUGGAGAUUGAGACUUUCCGCGCGCUGGCUGCUGAUGCGCAAAGAGUUCUCGAAGAUAAUCUGGCUUCCGAGGACUGGAUGAACGACGCGCCCGAGGAAUUCAAGGAUCCACUCAUGAUGACUGUUAUGUCAGACCCGGUUUUGCUGCCGAGUGGACUGAUCAUGGAUCGGUCGGUCAUACUGCGACAUCUUCUCAAUAGUAGCACCGAUCCUUUCAAUCGGCAGCACCUUACUGAAGACAUGCUACAACCAGCGGCUGAAUUGAAGGAACGCAUCGAAGUCUGGAAGUCUGAGCGCGGUGCAGCGCAAAAAUAAACGACAUGUGGUGGGCGGUUGCGCCGCGUUAAAUUUUUGUUUUCAAAAUUAAGUAGCUUUAAAUUUUGUGUAAAACACCAAUCUACCAAACAGGACACCAUCUCAAGGCUCGAAUAACACAUCAAGACUUACAAUGACUGCCACUUACUCACAAUGUAAUCAUUUGACGACAUGUGUUGGAAGAUUGCAACCCAAAUAAGUAGGAAAUGGCGAAAUUCAACAAAGUGUAAAUAUUUCAUAAAAUUGUACUUGUAUCGCUUAUAAAAUUGAAAUUAUGUUUUUGUAUUGAGUAUCCGGCAACAUUUGACCGUGAAAUAUAUUAUGUUCAUUUAUUUCUA